AUGGCAGCUGUCAACUUUACUAGUGUGUAUUAUCACCGUUCUGGUCAUUUUUCAGCUUAUAUAGGUAAACCAUGUGAAAGCAAUCAAGAUUGUAAAAAUAUAUUGCACUCAGUAUGCUCUGAACAUGGAGUAUGUAUUUGUGAUGAUAACUAUGUUGUCGUCAACCGAGACAAAUGUGUACCAUUGAUUGACGGAGCCUGUUCAAGUAAUAAAGAAUGCCGAAUUGAAAAUUCUGUUUGUGUUGAUAAUAAAUGUCAAUGCGGUACUAAUUACUCAUCUCUCAAUAAUAAUAAAUGUAUUUUGUGUGAUCCAGAUCAUUUUGAUCCGUGUAAUAAAACUAACGUAUGCAGAGCCAUAAGAUGGGCCGAAAAAGAAGAGAAAUUUUUGUGCUUAAAUCCAGUAAUGUUAGGAGAGCAUUGUCAAUAUGAUACAGACUGUCUGAGGCUGGACUUCGCAACGUGCAGUAGAGAAGCCCGUAAAUGUACAUGUCUACCAAAUUAUGGUCUGAUAAAGCAGAAUUUAGGAUGUGUUGCUCUUAUUGGUGGACCUUGUGAUCGACAUCAACGUUGUUUAAUUGAUAAUUCAAUUUGUAUAAAUAGUAAAUGUCAAUGCAACGAAAGAUUCACAAUGAAAUCUAAUAAAGAAUGUGUAAUAACUUCGAUAGGUGAAUCAUGUAAAAGAGAUACGGACUGUAGAGAUAUUCUGCAUAUUGGCUGCUCAGUUAAUAAAAAAUGUGUGUGUAAAGAUAAUCAUAUUUUUGUGAAUAAUUCAACGUGUUUACCACUUUUGGGUGAAUUUUGUUGGAGCGAUGAACGUUGUGCACCUGCUAAUUCCAUGUGUAUAAAUAAUCGAUGUCAAUGCAAGUCUAAUUACACGGCACUGACUAAAACUCUUUGUGUAAAAUUGCGGUUGGGUCGAUCAUGUAACAGCAAUCAGGAUUGUGAGGAUACAUCGAACGCAAUAUGCUCCAAUCAUGGAAUAUGUAUUUGCAAAAAUAAUUAUGUUGUAGUAAAUGGUGAAAUAUGCGCACCAAUUAUUGGCGGAGUUUGUUCAAACAAUAAAGAAUGCAAAGUCAAACAUUCGGUUUGCAUUAAUCAUAAAUGUCAAUGCACUUCUAAUUACCUGUCUGUCAGUGAUUAUCAAUGUAUUUUUGCUAAGAAAUAA